GUUCUUUAGCAUUGCUCUUGGCAUUAAGCUAAAAGAGUGCUCCAUCUUCUGUGUAACACCAAGAGACUUGUAAAGAUGCUUACAGUAUCAUUUAUAUGGGGGCUGGUUGUGGUUUUGUGUAGCUUUUUGUGGUUCAUUGUUGGCAUACGAAGAAGGCAACCGGGAGAGCCACCUCUGGAGAAUGGACUCAUUCCUUAUUUAGGAUGUGCCUUACAGUUUGGAGCCAAUCCCCUAGAGUUUCUGAGAAAAAGAAAAACUAAGCUUGGGGAUACUUUCACUUGCAGAAUUGCUGGAAAAUUUGUCCAUUUUGUUACAGAUCCAUUUGAAUUUAAUGCAGUCAUGAGACAUGGAAGACAUUUUGACUGGGAAAAGUUUCACUUUGCAACCUCUGCCAAGGCUUUUGGACACACCAGUAUGGUUGCCGAUGAUGGCAAACCAACUGAGAAUGUACAUGAAACCUUUAUGAAAACCAUGCAUGGAGAUGCACUGGAUCCUCUUAUCACAACAAUGAUGGAAAAUCUUCAACAUACCAUGAUCAAUUCCAGCAAAGAUUGGGUAACCGAUGGUCUUUAUGCCUUCUGUUAUCGAGUUAUGUUUGAAGCUGGCUAUCUAACUCUCUUUGGCAAGGAAUUUAACUCAAAGGAAGACAAGAAUAUUGCUAGACAGGAAGCACAAAGAGCACUUAUCCUCAAUGCCAUUGAAAAUUUCAAAGAGUUUGACAAAAUAUUCCCUGCUCUGGUAGCAGGUCUACCAAUUCACGUAUUCAAAACAGCAUACAGUGCCCGUGAGAAUCUAGCUAAAGAUCUUCUGCAUGAGAAUCUGAGGAAGAGAGACAAUAUUUCUGACCUUGUCACACUAAGAAUGUUCUUAAAUGACACUCUUUCUACUUUAACUGAUAUGGACAAAGCAAAGACCCACCUUGCACUUCUUUGGGCUUCCCAAGCUAAUACCUUACCUGCUACUUUCUGGAGUGUUUUCUACAUUCUCGGAUGUCCAAAAGCAAUGAAAGCUGCAAAAGAAGAAGUUCAGCAAGUUUUGGAAAAGGCUUCUCAGAAAGUCAGCUUUGAUGGAAAAUACGUUUAUCUCAAACGUCAAGAUUUGGAUGACAUGCCAAUCUUAGAUAGCAUAAUUAAGGAAUCUAUGAGACUAUCCAGUGCCUCCCUCAAUAUCAGAGUGGCAAAAGAAAAUUUCUCUUUACAGCUUAACAACGAGAAGUCAUACAAGAUCCGUAAAGAUGACAUUGUAGCCUUAUACCCACAGAUGGUACAUUUGAACCCAGACAUAUAUGAAAACCCUUUGGAUUUCAAGUAUGAUCGUUAUCUAGAUGAAAAUAAAAAAGAAAAAACAAAUUUCUACCUUCAAGGACGUAAACUAAAAUAUUACUAUAUGCCUUUUGGUUCUGGAAAAACAAAAUGUCCUGGAAGACACUUUGCUGUACAUGAAAUCAAGCAAUUUCUGACUUUGUUGAUUUGUUACUUUGACCUAGAACUUGUUGAAAAAAAUGUUAAAUCCCCACCUUUAGAUCAGUCCCGUGCAGGGCUAGGGAUUUUACAGCCAACACAUGAUGUUGAUUUCAGAUAUAAAUUAAAAAGCACUUAGACUUCAAAAUGCAAGUAACAAUCACAUUUUUAAAAUCACACAUAAGUGUGAUCUGUCCAUAGUAGUAUAUGGUCUUUAUUAAUGUACUAGACACCAUCGUGACCAAUGUAUAUACUAAUAUGACACUGUCACUUUAUGAUAAAGCAUGGGAGCAGUACAUUUGUUGAUAGCAUUUAGUGCUUCCCAAAAAGAAAACAAUGUAAUAUAUAAGAACAAAUUUACUAAUUCUGAUGUCGUCCUCUGUAUACACAAGAGCCCAGUGUAACCGCCUAAUCACCUUUAUGAAGAAUUAUAAAAUAUCUUCAUGAUACUUGAAAGAAAAAGGAUCCUAUUGUAUUAUUUAUGAAUAGUUUAGCAUUUUUUUUCUCUACAAUACUGAUUGAAGACAAGGGAAAUAUUCAAGGAAUAUACUUUUGAUUGAUUUCACAUUCUAUAAUAAGAUUAUAAGUGAAAUUCUUGUAACACAAGUACCCAUUUUCUUAUUUUGUAUAUUUAUCCAGCCUGUAAAUUAUUUAAUUUUUUAUAACUUUUUAUUGUAACAGAUUAUCUAUCUUUAAGUCUAUUUAUAGUGUUUUAGCUAUUAUGAUAAUGUACAUAUUAAUAGUUGAUUAUUUGUGUCACUAUAUCUGUGUGCUCUUCAAAAAUUAAAAAGCUAUCCUUAGCACUGAAGAUAUAUGUGUAUAUAUAUAUAUAUAU